CUAUCACUGAGAGCAAAGACGAAGAAGAAACACCCAGUACCCUUCUUACAUCUUAAUUUAUUUUUCUGAAGACUUUUUUUUUUUUUAAUUUCUUCAUUUCCACCAUUUUCUGUUACGCCAAGCUGCGUCGGCGACGCGAAUUGUGAUUACUGAACGGUGAAUUUUGAGGAUCUGCUACGUUUUUCAACAUUGAAUAAGGUGUAUGUAUCAGACAAGUAUUUGUCAGAAUCACAUUGUUAAUUCUCUUCUAAAGAUUUCAUUCGUUCAUCUUCGGUAUUUAAAGGCGCUCCAUAAUUUCUAGUUUUGCAGAUACAUUUUUCUCUGGAAAAAUCUCUGAAUUUCGGAACUCUGGACUAUCUGCUAGAUUGUGCCUGAGUUUGUACUUGUGGCCAUGGUUGCAGAUCGAAGCUCUGAAAUGUCGUUAUUAGUUGGAUUUUAGAAAUAGAUUUGCAUUUUUCGAAGCUUCAGAACUGAAACCAGCGAGCUUUUGUGAGCCUUGGGUUUUGACGGAAUCGGAUUAGUUUAGAUGGAUAAAGAGUCUCAUAACAAUGGCAAUAGCGUUAGAGAAAGAGACAAAGUUGGAGGAGGAGGGGAUAAUAGUAGUGGGGCCGGGUCGUUGUUGCUGAGAGGUGGCUCCGAUGGAAUGAGGCAAGCAACGACGUCGGAUUUGGGGCUGCAGUGGGGUAACAGGAAGAGACUAAGGUGCAUGAAGGUGCAGGUCAAACACGACUCUUCUUCUUCAAACAACCCGGUUCAGAGGACAACCACAACAACGGUUCGGGUGGAUCGGAGAGUGGUUAGAACCGAGAAAGAUUCUUCUUCAAAUAUUAUUAGUAGACCCUUACCCACUAUUAACAACAUCAGCAACAACAUUACUAAUAAUAACUUUCAUAAUAAUAAUAAUCAGAGUAACAACGGGUAUCUGAAUCUCCGUCAACGCCCACCUUCCCCGCAGCAACCUCCUCCGCGAAUUCUCAGGAAUUCGGAGACUUCAAGUGCUAUGAGAGGAGGCCAAAGCAACGGGAGUGUUAGGGGAAUUGCCUCACCGGACAGGGGUGCGCACGAUAAGAAGGGGACCCAUAACAACCACCUUAAUGACAAUAAUAACAACAAGUCUGUGGUCUCAUCAGACACCGCGCACGAAAGCAAGAAGGGUGGUGGCUCGCCGUCCGGCAGUGGUGACGUGGCUCCGCCGGUGUGGCCGCCAAAGUUCGUGAUUGCCUUGACGAACAAGGAGAAGGAAGAAGAUUUUCUGCUGUUGAAGGGUUCAAAGCUUCCACAGAGGCCCAAAAAGAGAGCCAAAUUCAUACAACGAACCCUCAAUCUCGUUAGUCCAGGUACAUGGCUGUGCGAUCUUACUCUGGAACGAUAUGAAGUUAGGGAGAAGAAGAUAUCCAAAAAGGUAGGAGAAAAAAAAAGACCAAGAGGGUUGAAAGCAAUGGGCAACAUGGACUCUGAGUCUGAAUAGAAAGAAGCAAGGCAAUGAGUAAAGUUGUUUUAUUUUAUUUUUUUCUGUAGUCUAAGGGGUGUGAGAAAUGUUGAGAUAUUGUAAAGCACGGCAAUUGGCAACCAAGAAAUCGAAAUCAAAUAGUAUAAAUUACUUUCGCUCUGAU